AUGGCGCCUUCAGCCGUCGACCCGUCCACACAGUCCCUGGGGGACAUCCCCAUGCGCGAGGAGAAGACCUAUCCUCCCGCCAACAUCUACCCGGUCAAGGAGUUCCGCUUCGAGGCUCACACGCCUCCCCAGCCCGAUGGCAGGGAGAAGGCGCUGGCGCAACCCGCCGGCCGCGCGGCAAUAGUCAUCGACAAUGGCUCUUCCGCCGUCAGGGCCGGCUGGUCCUUCGAGUCGCAGCCGAGGUUCACUCUGCCCCCGAUCAUGGCCAAGUACAGAGACCGCAAGCUGGGCAAGACCUACUCCUUCGCAGGCGCCGAUUGCUACGCCGACACCAACGCCCGUGGCCACAUCAGGAACGCAUUCGAGGUCGGCUCUGGCGUUGUCAGCAACUGGGACGUCAUGGAGCAUGUCCUCGACUGGACCUUUCUCAAGCUGGGUAUGAACGCCGCGGAAGGCGGCAUCGAUAUGCCAAUCGUCUUGACCGAGGCUGUCGCAAACCUGCCGUAUUCAAGGAAAUCCAUGAACGAGAUCAUAUUCGAAUGCUACGGUGCGCCCUCCCUUGCUACGGGGAUCGAUUCGUUAUUCUCUUAUCGGUACAACAAGGGCACGACAGGCCUGGUGGUGUCGUCUUCAUACAGCUCGACCCAUGUUAUACCUGUCUACAACUCCAAGGCGAUGCUAGCACAGGCCAUCAGACUCAACUGGGGUGGCUGGCAUGCGUCCGAGUACCUCUUGAAGCUUAUCCGCCUCAAGUAUCCCUCAUUCCCCGGGAAACUCAAUGCCUCGCAAGCCGAGCACAUGAUAAGGGACCACUGCUACGUUUCAAAAUCUUACGACGAUGAGGUACGGUCCUACCUUGAUUGGACAGGCCUUGAGGACAGAGAUGUUGUCAUACAAUACCCGUUUACCGAGGAAGUCAUCGUGCAGAAGAGUGAAGAAGAGCUUGCGCGCAUAGCAGAACGCAAGAAGGAGAGCGGCCGGAGACUACAGGAGCAAGCCCAGAAGAUGCGCCUCGAGCGGCUGAUGCGCAAGGAGCAGGAGCUCGAAUACUACAAGAACCUGCAGGAGAGGAUAGCCAACGCCAACAAGAAGGACACAAAACGUCUUCUGGACGGCGAGGACAUGAAGGACGAGGCCCACCUCGAGCGGACCAUCAGAGAGCUUGAAAAGUCCGUCAAAAAGGCUCGCAACAAGGACGUCGGGGGCGACGCUGAGGAAGAGCAAGAGGCUCCCGACUUUAGCCUGCUGGAUGUUCCGGAUGACCAGCUAGAUGAGGCCAGCCUUAAGCAGAAACGCCAGCAGCGCCUCAUGAAAUCGAAUCACGAAGCUCGUGCUCGGGCCAAGGCGGAGAAGGAAGCCGAGAAGGCUCGCAUUGAAGCGGAGGAGCAAGCUGACCGAGAACGCCGCGAGAAUGACCUCGAGGGAUGGCUGGAAGUGAAGCGUGUGGCUCGUGCCGAAGCACUUCAGCGCAUGAAGGAGCGCGACCGUCUCAAGGCCGAUCUUGGGAAUCGAAAGUCUCUUGCUUCACAGAUGCGGAUGAAGUCCAUCGCGAACCUCGCCUCCGACGGUCCCCGCGGCAAACGACGCCGAGGUGGCGAUGAUGAUACCUUCGGUGCCAACGAUGACGACUGGGGUGUCUACCGAGACAUCGCAAUAGGGGACCAGGGCAGCGAUGACGAGGACGGCGAAGAAGAUUUUGAGAGUCAGGUCAAGGCUCUUGAAGAGGACUUGCUACGCUACGAUGUCAACUUCACUCACGACGAUACAUACGAAGCCCAGAACGACUGGAGUAGAUCGCUUCUACACGCAUUCAUGCGAGGUCCACGGCCCUUUGAUGUGGGUGCCCAGUCCGAGACCCAUCAAUUACAUCUCAACGUCGAGCGCAUCAGGGUUCCGGAGGUGGUAUUCCAGCCUUCCAUUGCCGGAGUCGAUCAGGCCGGCCUGAUUGAGAUCGCAGGUGAUAUCUUGACCCAACGCCUGGUUGGCAUUCCAAGCAUCAACCGGGACGACUUCCUGCGUGACAUAUUCUUGACCGGCGGAAACACGCUAUUCGAGAACUUCGACGAUAGGCUGCGUCAGGGCCUGACGGCGCUCCUCCCUGCUGGAAGCCCCCUGACAAUCCGCAGAGCAACUGACCCGCUCCUGGACGCCUGGAAGGGCGCUGCAGGCUGGGUGGGCUCAUCUGGGUACAACACGGCCGUUGUUACAAAGGCAGAAUGGCAAGAGAAGGGGGCCGACUAUCUCAAGGUGAGUCUGACUGCCUGGCUACGGCCAGUUAUGCAAGCGCAUCUCUCUCUAUCCGUGACUUUCGUCCAAUCACUCCCCUCCCAAAACAAAUAUUCGAUCCCCUCCCCAUCCCGCCUCCCAGCCGAGGGUCAUGUAGGCCUGAUUCGCCAGGUCGUAUAG